AUGGCGACUGCUGUGCAACCCAAAUGGACGCGCCUGCCAAUUCGCACGCGUCCUCAUCGAAAUCCGUUGGCAGAAAACAGUGAUGACCAUCCAGAUAACCCAGCAGAGAUGCAGGCACGAUGUGUGGAGUUUUAUCCAAAAAUGAGUAAUCCCGUUGUGGAGAUUGUAGAUGUGGGAUGUGCAUUUGGUGGGAUGCUUUUUUCGCUUUCACAGGAAUUUCCUGAUGUCUGCAUGUUGGGACUUGAAAUUCGACCCAAAGUUGUUGACUUUGCCCAAAAGAAAACACUAAGUUACCGUGAGGGAGUCUUUGAUACCACUCCUUCCUCUUCCUCUUCCACUUCCUCUGAUAAACCUCAUCACUUCCGGAACUUGUGGUUUGAACAGAUGAAUGUGAUGAAGUUUGGUUCAAACUGUUUUCGUAAGGGUCAACUGCGAGCACUCUUCUUUUGUUAUCCAGAUCCUCAUUGGAAGCGAAAGAAUAUUCGUCGUCGCAUCAUUUCACCAGGACUUGUGCAGGAGUAUGCGUAUUGGCUAAAAGUUGGGGGUUUACUCUUUACAGUAUCCGAUGUGGAGGAGUUGGAGCAGUGGAUGGUCUCCUGUCUCGACGACUGCCCGCUCUUCCGGCGAUUGAGUGAUGCGGAGCUGCAGAAUAAUAUGGAGACCAUGAGAGUUCUCCGUCUCGCCACAGACAGCAGUGAAGAUGCGCAGAGAACGGCAAGAAAAGGUUUACAGAAACAUUAUGCCGUACAUGUUCGUGUAUGA